AUGUCUACAUGGAUAAAUAAAAAGUUAAUAUCCUUUUCUGAAAAGGUUAUUGAAAAUGUGAUCGACUCCUUUACUAAUAAGAAUACACCCAUAGAUAAUAUACAGAAUAUGCAAGGGACCCAGCUUGGGAAAAUUAUCAACAAAGUUAUUUCUUCAAAAUACUUUUUUAAAAAUGAUGAUAUAUGUUAUAAUAAAAACAAUUUAGAUUUUAAAUGGUACCUUAAGAAAGAUAGGAAGAAAAGUAGAAAAAUCAAAAAAAAGCAAAAAAAAAGGAAAAGAAAAAUGAUAAUGAUGAAAAGGGGUGUAGAAAAUGUCAAGAAUGCUGAUAGUAGUAAUAAUGAUGUGUGCCAUGAUCAGAAUAAUAAUAAUUUUAAUGAUCCUUUAGUUAGUAAAAAUACAAAUUAUAAUUAUUUGUAUACAAAUAAUAAUGAGAACAAUAUGAAGGAAAGUACCUUUUUAAAAAUUGAUGAAUCAUAUUUAUCGACAUCGUAUAUUUUAAAUGGAAAAUUUGUUAGUGGUAAUAAUAUUUCAGAUAAUAAAAAUGAUUUGAAUGAAAAGAAAUAUAUAAAUAUAAAAAGAACUAAUAGUCAUAACGACACAUCAUCCUUAUCAAUAUCUCAAAAUAAUUUUAGCAAAAUAAAAAAGAAAAAGGGUGCAUCGUCAAUAAAUUCAUAUGACGAAUCUUCUCCGAAUGUGUCACCUCCAUCAAUGUAUUCUUCAGAAAAUUUGUCAUAUAAUGAGAAGAGGCAUAAUAAUAAUAGUGAUAAUAAUAAUGAUAGAAAUAUGAAAAGUUAUAAUUAUAGUAGUAGCAACAUCAACAAGAAUUGUAGUAGUAGUAGUACUAGUAGUAGUAUUAGUAGUAGUAGUAUUAGUAGUAGUAGUAUUAUUAGUAGUAGUAUUAUUAGUAGUAGCUGUAGUAGUGUUACGUGCAGUGAUAGCUCGCUAAAUAUUUAUAACACCAAGAGAUCUUCGCAUGGUUCACAUAAUCAAUUUUGUGGUAGUAUGUCAUGUUAUGAAAAGGAUAAGAAAAAGAACAGAUUGGAUAAUAAGAAUAAAAUGAAAAAUAAAAACAUUUUAAAUAAAAAAAAGAAAUAUAAAAAUAAAAAGAUGCCUAAAACUAUAGAUGGUAAUGAUACGUCCUUAUUAUUAUCAUCAUCCACUUCAUCUUGUAAUACAAAGGUGUCUUUUGAUAAUAAUGAGAAUUAUGGAAUAAUUAAAGAAUUCAGUCUUUGUAAAAUAAAUUUAUUUAUAAAAGAGGCGAAAUUAUUAUUUUUUAACAAAAAUAUAAGUAUUAGUGAUGUAAGUCUUUAUGUAACUACUAUCAUGGAGGAUAAGAAAUAUAUUGGGAAAUUAAGAAAAUUAAGUUCACGAACUUUACCUAUGAAUAAUUUGAUUAUCAAUGAAUAUAUAAAUCAUAAUAUAAAAGAUGUAUAUACAGAUAUUAUUAUAAAUAUAAGAUAUAAGAAUAGGAAGAAAGAAAAAGAAGAUAUUAUUUUAGGAAGAGCAAUAAUUCCAUUGUUUCUUAUAUUGAAUACUUAUAAGUGGAAAAUUAAGAAGAUAAAAAACAAAAUCAGAUAUUGUACCAAAUGUUUUUUAUGGUUACAUAUAUUUCCAUGUAAUAAUAAAUUAUUUAAUUAUAAAUUUUUUAAACCUGUAGAAGGUUUUGAAGAAUAUGGUAUGUUAAAUCCUUUGUAUACAUUAGGAUUUCUGAAUAUUCAAAUUAAAAUAAUAUUUAAGAGAAAUCCAUUGUUUCUUACAUUUCUGAGUAAUAUUAGGAAACCAUUAUUUUAUUACAAGUUACCUGUACAAUUUGAACCAUUAUAUUGUCAAUAUUAUAGUGAGAAUUUAUAUGUAUAUGCUAAAAACAUUCCUUUAUGGAUAUAUAAAUUUUUUUAUAUCUUUCAUUACAAAAGAUUAGAAAUGAUAUCAUUAAAUUGUUAUGAUUACAUAUGUAUUUUGAUUUUCUGGUUAUUUUUUUUUGAUCUUGUAGUUUUAUCACCUUUUUCUUUAAUAUUUGUUCAUCUAUUUUUUUGUAUCUUUUUUAUUUCUUUAUCAUAUAAGUAUGGAAAAUUUGUACCUCCAUAUUAUAAGAAGAAGAAUUUGUUUUAUAAUUUUCGUCCCAUUCGAGUAAGCCGAGUAAGUCGACGUAAUUGUGACUAUACAAAGAGGAGGAUAGAGACGACAAACUUUAUUUUGAAUGAUCAGAAAAAUGUGGAGAUAUAUAAUAGGGAGAAGAAGUUGGAUCUUUUGGAUGAUAACAAUGUAGAUGCUAAUUAUUGUAAGUAUCCAUAUUGUAGUGAGGAGAAUAAUAUGGAUAAGUUAAAUAAGGAUGGAAGGGAUGUUAAUAAAGGGGUUGAUAAAAAUAUUAUUAAGGGUAAGAAUAUGAUGACACGAGGUGGUGGUUUGAAUAUAUAUGACGCAUGUAAGAUGUUUAUAAAAGGAGACACUGUGAUGAAAGCUAAUAUUAUAAAUGACAACAUUGUUUAUGAAAAUUUUAUAAAGGAUGGUAUAAAAAAAAAUGAUGUAAUGAUGGAUAGUGAAGAAGAUAAGGAAAUAAAUGCGGUGUAUAUAAAUAAUAAAAAUGUAUAUAAUAAUAAUAAUGCUCCUGUUAGUUGCCACGAUUGUGAUGAUCCUAAUAAUUUGAGUGUGCAUGUACACAAAGAGGAAAACAAUUCAACUUCCAAUAAGAUGAUUUUACCAAGUGUUUGUAGUGAGAAUAGUUUAAAGGAAACCAUGGGAAAUCAAUCGAUGGAAAAUAAUAAUAAGAUCAAUAAUGAGAAUAAUAAUGAUGUUGAUAGUGUGGAGAAAACAGAUAUUUUAUUGAACUUAUCUAAUGGUAAAAACAAUGGUAAUGUUACAUCAUCCUUAUGUGAAAAUUUAUUUGUGUAUAAUCAAGAUAAAAUUCAAAGGAAGAAAAAGGUGCCAUAUAAAAAUAAGGAAAGGGAUAAUAAGGAUGAUUUAGAUGAAAAAAAGGAUAUGUAUAUAUGUAAUGAUGAUAGUAGUGUGAUUACUUCUAGUGAGAAAGGUGUGACUAAAGAAAGGAUUCAUAUGAAUAAGGAGAAGUUAAAUUAUAAUGGUUCUAUGGAAUGUAGCAGUGUAUGUGUAGAAAAAAAUAACAUGAGUUAUAUUGCUAGGAGGAUACAAAAUAUGAUGUAUGAUACAAAGGAAAAGAUGAAACUGGAUCAAAUACAUAUGAAUAAACAUAUGAGUGGAUUUAUGAAGCUUUUUAACGUGAAACAUGUAGAGAAUGAAAAAGAGAAUGAUAUAGAUAAAUAUCAUGAUAAAGGAGAGAGCGACAAGCAGGUGCCUUCCUCUGUGGGUUCCUACAAAUUAAUGAUUAGUCAAGAGGCGGAAUUUGAAGAAGAAGAAUUUGAUGAAAAAGAAGAAUUUGAUGAAAAAGAAGAAUUUGAUGAAGAAGAGGAAGAAGGGGGACAAGAUGAGGAGUCGAAAAAAAUGAGUAGAGUGAAACAUAUUAAGAAAAGGGAAAAUAUUAUAAAUAUUGAAGGCGAGAAUAUUUUAAGUAGUGAUGGAAAAAAGAGUGAAUAUAUUAUUAAGGAUAGUAUGAAUAAUACAGAAUAUAUAAAUGAUAUAAUAUAUUAUAAUAAUUGUGAUAAUAUAUUAGAAGAUAAUAAAUCUGAAUAUAAUACAAGUAUGAAUGAGCGUGUUAUGGAUAAUAAGCAAGAAGUAAAUAAAAGAUCUAAUAAUUUCUUUUUCUCAUAUAAUAAUAAUAAUAAUAAUAACAAUAUUAAUAACAAUAAUAAUAACAAAAAUGAGAGCGUGUGGAGAAAUUUAUUAGGUAUACCAUCAAGUAAUAUAGAAACUGUAAAUUUGAAUUCAAAUAAUUGUACAGAAAUAAAAAAUAGUAAUAAAAAAUUCAAUAUUAUAGAUACAUAUGGUAAUAAUACAUUGCAAGAUAAAAGUAAUAUAAUUGAUUUAAGAAAGAAAUAUCCUUAUAUGCCUUUUGUUAAAUCCCCAUUCCACAAUUUUUAUUUAUAUAUGAAUACGAAUGAUAAUAAGAAUAUAUCUAUUUUUUCAAAUAAUGUAGAAGUACCAAAUGUGCAUGUUAUAUUAAAUAGAUUCAUAACGUUGAUAACUUGGACGCAACAUGUUUCUGGGAUAUUUACAAUGGUUUAUGAAAAAAUAAAAUAUGCUUUUAAUUGGGAGUUCAGUUUUUAUACCUUAGUAAAUAUAUUGAUUUUAUUUUUGAUAUGUUAUAGUAUAUCAUUUAUAAUAUAUAUGUUUUCUUAUAUACCAUUUGUUUUUUUUCGUUUUUUAUUUUUCGUGACGUGUUCUUAUUUUAUUAUAAGAAGCUAUGAACUUACUGAAGAUGGAAAUAGAGCAUGUUUGUAUUAUAAGAAGAGGAAAAUACAAUUUCUGAAAAAUAGAAAAAUUAGUUUGGCACAUGGUUUGUUUGAAACAUAUAAAUGGAAAAAUAUAAUAAAAAUAAUAAAGAAAACGUUAAAGAAAAAAGAUACAAAUAUAUUUAAAUAUAUAUGUUUAACAUGUGCAUUCAAAAUAUAUAAGUUGUUUAAAAUAAUAUUUGAGAAUAUAUUAUUGUAUAUAUUAUUUAUAUUAUUUUUUAUAAAAAAUUGGUAUACUCGAUUGUUAAUAUUAAAAGAUAUAGAGCAUAUGCAGAUAGCAAAAUUGCAGGGAUUCAAAAAUUUAUAUUUUUUUAUUCACAAUCGUAUAAUAAAGAGAGAACAGAAAAAUGUUAUGAGUAAUACAUCGUCUAACGAAAUAAAUAAUAGGAAGAGUAGUGUUAUAAAAAUAGUGAAUAUUGAUGAUAUGGAAAAAAAUGAGGAAAAUAUGAAUAAAAAUGAUAAUAAUCAUGAUAAAAACGAUGAUAUUGUGGAUGUAAAUAAUGUGCAUAUGAAUAUAAAUAAUGAUAAUAUGAAUACAAAUAAUGAAUAUGAAAUAAUAAAGAGAAGGAAUCAAAAUAAUAUGUUAGAUGGUAAACGUAAAUCUGUUAAAAGUCUUAUGUAUGAAAAUUAUAAGAAUCUUGAAUCAUAUGUAUAUUCAAGUAGCGAUAAAGAAGCAGUAAGUAUAAUUAAUGAGGACGACAUAAUAGAUGAGGAAGAGGAGGAGGGCAAUCAUCAAAAAGAAAAAUUAAAUAAAGAUAAUAUAAAUCUAGAUAAGAAGAAUAUAAAUACUUAUCAGGACAUCCAUAUUGAUCAAGAAAUACAACCAUGUGAUGAUGAAAAUGAUGACAAAUUAUCGUUAAGCCAAGUUACAGAUAAUGGUGCUAUGAACGUAAAUGUGGAUAUAUUCUUACAUUACUAUUUUAAAAAGAGGAAAUAUGAUUUGUUUAACAAUUUUAUAAAUAUUAACAGAAAUCAUAUGUAUACAUAUAAGGACAUUAAUCUGUUUUAUUCAAAUGAAGAUCAAAAAAUGAACAACAUUAAUUAUGGAGAAUAUCUAAACAGUGAUGAUGCUUAUUCAAGUUCUUAUGAUUAUAACAAGAGACAAAAGAAAAAACACGUGAAAUAA